AUGACCGAAUCGCAAUCAUGGUGGUCCGGAUCGCCCCCUAUUGACGACACAACCAGCCAUCCCGACGUCGCGGAUUUUAAACCAAUCGGGCAGGAAGAAAUCCGGCAGCCCACCGAAGAAGAGCUCCUUACAAGAAGGAUUCACAUCUUAGGCUUGGGUAGUAUCGGUACUCUGGUCGCUCAUUCUCUCAAAUGUCUACCAAACCCACCACCAAUUACUCUGAUGAUCCAUCGGGAUUCCAUGUACCAGACUUACAAGAAGCAAUCUCGUACCAUCCGCCUGAUCAACAAGCAAAAUGAGGUCAACGACGAGCAGACUGGCUUUGAUGUUGACGUGCUCAACGUUCGUGAGGGCAAACAGGCUUAUUGGAAGUUUAUUGCUGACGUGCCUGGUGCUCGCGGAACUGCUCCUACCAAUCCACCUGAACCGCUUGAAAGAUUGCCUUCCGGCGAGACUUAUAUCUACAACUUGAUAGUGACCGUCAAGGGGCCUACCACCAUUGGUGCUUUGCGCUCUAUUAGACAUAGAGUUGAUGCAAACUCGACGAUAUGCUUCAUGCAGAAUGGCUUGGGUCAGAUCGACCUACUUAAUACCCAGGUCUUCACCGAUCCCAAGACGCGUCCUACAUACAUGCUUGGUAUUGUUUCUCAUGGCGCCUAUUUGUCUGGCGAAUUUGCCGUUGUCCACGCUGGAUUCGGUUCAAUCGCCUUGGGCAUCCAUCGUGAUCUAGAUCGCUUUCCAUUACCCCCGAAGUCUUCAAAUUCCAGCCUCUCUGACAUCUCCGAAGACCAGAGGAAGAUCAACUAUCCCACAGACAAAGAACUCUUCUCCAACAUUUCAUCUCGUUUUCUUCUACGCACUUUGACUCGAUCGCCCGUACUGGCAUGUGCUGCAUUUCCCUACCUUGAUCUUUUCCAGCUGCAGUUGGAGAAAUUGUCAGCCAAUGCCCUAUUGAACCCAAUCACCGCUCUGCUCAACGUACCAAAUGGCGCAUUAAUGCAAAACCCAUCACUCUCGAUGGUGCAACGAAUGUUACUGGCCGAAAUCUCACUGGUUCUACGAGGUUUGCCUGAGUUGGAAGGCAUUCCCAAUGUUCAACGAAGGUUCUCCGCCCAAAGGUUGGAGCUUUUUGUCCUAGGCGUGAUUGCUCGAACUGCAGAGAAUUCCAGCAGCAUGCGCGAGGAUGUCAGGCACUCCAACAUGACGGAAAUUGAUUUUAUCAAUGGAUAUAUCAUUAGCCGAGGCGAAGAGCAAGGUAUCAAAUGUGCCCUAAAUUUUAUGUUGAUGCACCUGGUCAAAGGUAAAACAUGGAUCCAGCGCGGCGCAGAGGCUGCUAGCUUGCCGUAUGGUACCAGUCGAAUGGAGAGCGAGGUCGAUUCCCGAGGCAUCGUCACCCUUGAUGACACUAGCAUACCAGCCAAGGGCAAGGUUCAGUAA